UUUUUUUUUUGUGAUUUUUUUAAAGUAAACAAACAAACAAAAUUUGUGUUAAGUGAAAGAGAAUUAUGAUGAAGAAGCCUCAAUUAAAUCUAAUGAUCAACAUUAUUGGUCUGCUGGCCUUAGUGUGGGGCGUGUUGGGGGCCGUCACAGAGUCACCAUCCCAGCCUCAGCCCCAGCCCCAGCCGCAGCUCCAGCAAACUCAUCAUCAACAACAACGCCAACAGACGCUUCCGUCUUCGAGAGUUCGAUCUUCUGCUUACCGUUCAACGUCUGCCGCCACCGCCCAUUGCGAAUAUAAGGAACUUAUGACGAAAUUGCAUGAUCGUGUUGGCAUCUUGGCGACCUUGGAUGAGGACCAGCGUCACCGUCUGGAAGUCAUCGAUAAGAAAAUCGAUAAUUUGGUGGAGAGCAAUACGGGACGCAUGGAAUCAUUGAAGGCGCAACAAAUGGAUUUCCAGCAACGUCUCGAUAGCUUCGAGCAUAUCCAACGUUUAUCUCGCAACACUUUGGACGAACUGAAAGGUGAAACAGAUCAAGUUUUUGGAUCUCGUUUAGUAAGGCAAUUGAAGCACAAAAGAAGAAAUCGUCAUAAACUAAAUGAUUUAUCUCGACCCAUACGCCAGGCGGCAGCCCAGGAGGAUCAGGAUGCGGAACGUUAUCGUAGAAAUCAAAGUGAUCUUGUAUUGAGUGUGCCAGAGCGUUUGGAUGCCUUAGCCUCGUUGCUGGCCUCAACGGCCAUCAAUGUGAGGGAUUUGCAGCAAAGUGUGCGUAAAGUGUUGCAGAAUAAUAGACGUAAUCUGCAACGUCACCGGGCAGGACAACAGCCAAGACCCGGUUAUAUGGAACACGCGACAAGCUGUCUGGACGAAUAUCUGGCUAUCAAUGGAAUUCUUAAAUUGCAAUUGACACCGCAAUCGGAAUCGUUUUAUGUGCCCUGCGAUAAGGAUUGGACAGUGAUAAUGAGCCGUGGACAGGAUGGCAUCAAUUUCGAACGCAGCUGGUUGGAGUAUAAGGAUGGUUUCGGCAAUUUGGCUGGCGAUUUCUUCAUUGGCCUGGACAAACUGCAUGCUCUGACCUCCUCAACGCUCCAUGAAUUGCGAAUUGUACUCGAGGAUUUCCAGGGAAAUGUUGCAUUCGCUGGCUAUUCAUCCUUUGCCAUUGGCAGUGAGAAAGAAGCCUAUCCAUUGAGUUUAUUAGGCCAAUUCCAAAGCGAGCUGCAACCCUCGGCGGGGGAUUCAUUAUCGUAUCAGGCUGGAGCCAAAUUCAGUACCAUUGACAAUGACAACGAUAACUGUGUGGACUGCAGUUGUGCCCAGAGGCACAGGGGUGCCGGUUGGUUUAACAAUUGUGCCACCAGCAAUCUGAUGGGCACAUACGUUGAUAGCAACUAUGCGAAUGCCGGUCAGACGGGUAUCUUUUGGGAGAAAUUCCAGGGUCUCGAGUAUUCGCUAUUCAAAGUUCGAAUGCUCAUACGCCCCAUUGCCCCAGAGGAUGGUGGACAGCGCUAGGUAUUCGAAUUUUGGAUGCGGAACACAACUGCCAUUUGCCAUUUUCAUCAUCUGAAGAAGAAAAAGAAGAAGAAUUGCUUUUAAUAAUCAGGGAAUCUCCAGUUUUCGAUGCAGUUUUUUUUUUUUUUUUUGUUUUUGAGUUGCUUUCUUCACGAUCAAUUCAAUUUUAGCUUUAACCUCUCGUAACAUUUGUCGCGUGUGACUGUCUCUAUAUAUACCUAUAUAUAUAUAUCAUGAUAAUGUUGUGUGUGUGUAAUAUUUAUGGAAAAUUACUUAAUACCCUAAGUUAAUAAAGUAUGUGUACAGAGA